AUGUACCUAGUUCCCGAGCUACUGGAAGGGAUCUUCCUUCGACUUCCGUUGAAAUCCAUCGUCAAAUUCAAAACCGUCUCAAAACAAUGGAGAUCAAUACUAGAGUCGAGGAGGUUCAUGGAGAGGAGGCGUAUCAUGAAUGCUCAAACGAAGACGAAAAUAGUAGCGGACCUAAUCCCACCGAUUUUCAAAGGGGACGAAGAGUUAGAGAUGGUCUAUCUACAGUGUGAUGUUGACUCAGAACCGUCGCUGUUGCUGUCAUGUGACGGUCUGGUCUGCAUCCCGGUACGAGGCUGGGUCAUUGUUUUCAACCCUUCCACCGGAGAGUCUCGUAGAUUCUCUUCCGGCCGAGAUCCUCGGUUUCACCGUUAUGCUAAAUAUCGUUACUCAGAUUGUUUAUGCGAUGACUUCCCUGGAUACUGGAGGAUGGGAUUCGGUGGAGACAAUGUUAGCGGGAGCUAUAAAAUAGUGAGGAUGUUCUUUAACCAUUAUAGGCAGAUUUAUUGUUGCUGCGAGAUUCUUGAUGUUAAGAUUGGGGCAUGGCAGAAACUGAAUCCGCCUCCUUAUGAUGUAGGAUUAAGAAGGAAGUCGACAUGUGUAAAUGGGUCCAUCUAUUGGGUAAAAGGUACUCCUUAUAACAAACUUUUAGCUUUGGAUCUUCAUACACUAGAGUGGCGUGACGUUGGACUACCGUUAGGAGCACUCGGAACUUCAUGCCAGGUAGCAAACCUUGAAAACCGUCUAGCCCUAGCUGACUCCUAUAUUGAGAACAAUCAUUGGAACGUUAAGAUAUGGAGCAUGGAAGCACCAGAAGAAGUUGAAGAAACAUGGAGUGUGAUAUACUCCAUACCUUUAUUAGAUCUCGCUCACCCUGACGACAACCUUUCAUCCCUGUUUUCGUUUUGGAUUAUGCCAGUGGCGGUUUCUAAGAACGGAAAUCUUUUCUUCCAUGACAAUUACGAGAGCUUGUUCAAAUAUUACCGAGAGACAGGUGAAGUUCGUCUCAUCGCUGCAGAGAUUAGUGUGAUAACUCCUUUUAUUGAAAAUUUGGUACCCCUUGGAGGUUUUUGGACAGCAAAACAUAUCAACUUAAACAUCUAG